AUGUCGAAGGAAGCGAAGGCAGAAGAGUUCAAGGCGAAGGCCAACACGGCGUAUGCAAGUGGACAGUACCAGAACGCGAUAUCCCUUUACACCAACGCGAUAAACCUGGUCCCCUCGGCUAUCUACUACUCCAACAGGGCUGCUUGUUACAUGAAGCUACAGCUUUGGCAGAAGGCUCUGGAGGACACGACGCGCUCUGUACAACUAGAUCCUGGAUACAUUAAAGGGAAGGCCAGACACGUAGAGGCACUUAUUAAGCUUGGUCAGGGCGACGACGCUGUUCGCUAUGCCCAGGAGGUCUACAAUGCAGAGAGCAGCACGAAGCAUCACAACCUUCUCGACGAUGCCCAGAAGUGUCAGGCCCUAGCCUGCAGCGAUAACGCCAGGUUUGAGGACCAUCUCAACGCUGCGGCCAUUUCUCUUGCACGCGAAUGGAUUGAGAUGGCUGCCAACGUGUCGCGGAAGAAGACGCUGACGUAUAGCACCGAAGAGCGCCACAAAGACGAGGCCAAGGAAGACGAGGCGGACCUGGCCAACUGUGAGAUCACAGAGGCCAUCUACGUGAUACGCGAGCAUGUGACAGCUAUGUAUAACCAGUUGUCUAGUGACUACAAGUUUAGCACUACAGUUAUGCUGGGCUUUCGGAGCGAUCCCUUAUUGACAGUCUAUUACUAUCUCCUUCUCAUCUGCCUCCGAGAUUUUUGCUUGGUCGGCAUCCGAGUCGGCAUGGACCCGUAUCCUGGUCAGGAGAUGGAUGACAAGGGUAAUGCUAAGCCCCUCCCAGACUACUUGGGAAUUGCGAAAAAGGAGCUAACAGCGAUCAAAGCGAAGCAAUCGACUGAGUAUGCAAUAUUCACUGUGGCGCUUUUGCUACUUUCCAACGCGUCUCCAGAACAGGUGAGCGCCGCUUUGAAUCAGGCUGCUCAGAUCGAUCAGAACUCUGGAACUAACUAUGGUCUGUCGAAGCUCUCAGCGGGCUACGCACAGUUCUUGACUAAAAAAGAACAAGGUUCUAAUUCUUUCAAAAACAAUCAGCACAAGGCCGCAUUUGACGCCUUCAGUGCUGGGCUAGCAGGCAUUGUUCAGCCUGCUCUCUUGGAGGCAGACACCAUCAAGGGUCCUCUUGCCCUUCUCUUUCUUGCAUUGCGAGCAAACGCUGCUAUCAUCACUAGCAACUUGGGGAUGACGCUCAACAAGCUAGGCGACAAUGGAAGCGCUCUCUCCUACUUGAGGGCUGCGUCCCUUCUCGAUCCCACGUAUUACAAGGCACAUGUGCGUGCAGCGAAUAUCUACAAGGACCAGAGCAUGUAUCUGGAGUGCAUCCGCGAGUGUGGUAUAGCUGUUUCAAUAAACGAGGCAGACACCAAGGGCUGCCAAGAACUCGCAAAGUCUUGUCAGAGUGGCGCAGAAAAGUAUGCGCGACCCGAUUACUAUAAAAUGCUUGGGGUGGGUAAGUCGGUUGACCCGUCAUCUCAGGAAUAUGCUAGUGCUUACAAAAAGGCUUGUCUCAAGUGGCACCCUGAUCGACACAGAGAUCCCGUCAAGAAGCGCUUUGCUCAACUGAAGUUCAGAAAGCUCCAAGAGGCUGACGAAGUGCUCAAGAACCCCCAGAAGCGGCAGAUCUAUGAGGCCGGUGGGAACCCUGCUGCUGGAAGUGCUGGCGGUGGCAUGAGUAUGGAUAUGGGCAGCAUGGCCGGGAUGGACGUCUCCCAGAUCUUCAAUAUGUUCUCGAGGAUGGGCGGCAUGGGCGGCCGGUCAGGCAAUGUCCAGUUCAAGGUCCACUGUACCACUGGUGGAGGUGGUAUAGGUAUGGACAUAUCACAGCUUUUUCGGGGGUUUAUGUAG